CUGAGAGAUUUAGGGCUUGGAGGAGAUGAAGGUCUUGCGGGUAACUGAAUUCGGGAAGCUUGAAGUCUCAAAAACAGCAUCGGAAAGGAAAAAAGAGAAAAAGUUAAGGGCUUGGGAUAAGAAAUAUUCUCAUCUGGCCUAUGGUUUUGAUUAUGGAGGCUCUGAUUUUAGAAUAAGGAAGCCUGAUGUUGGUGACUAUAAUUAUCAUAUCACCCUUUACUGUAGGUUUGCACUCUACUGCUACAAUUUUGAAAAGGGAACAAACUUUAAGUUUGUGCGCUGGGUAAAGUAUAAUGCUUUGUGUUCUGCUUGCGUCGACUUCUACAUAACUUUGGAGGCAAUGGAUCCGGCGGCCUGCAACUCUGUCCUCUCCUCUUUUCAGGCUGUUUACAGUAAUGCUGGAUGUACGAUGGACGAUAUCUAUACGUGGAGGAUCUUGGCCUGCAGACCCUCAUGUAACAAGCCUGUGAAUGAAUAUUGGGACCGGAAUGAGGAUGCUAUAGAUCAAUUCUACACAGGUGAAAUGCCUAAAUGGUUGUCUGAUGAUGAGGCAUUUUCCAGUGACAACAAAAAGUAUUACGUGGUGCAAGAAGCAGAGCUGCUUGAGAAUGAGUGGCUGCAUCUAUUCAUUGAAAUCGCAUUCUUUAAAGCAAUAUACCCUGUAUUGCUGGCUUCCCCUCCCUUGGAGAUCAAGAAGGUAGUUGUAGAAACUAAAGAAGAUUACAUGACUGAGGCACGUGAGAAGCUCCACGCAGAGAAUGCAAUAUUCUACAUAAGUUACAAGUAUAAAGGUGUUUCUUCAUGUGGUAUCGCUGUUGAUCACAGAGCUAUCAUUAGGAAAACCAUGGAUGGGGAACCAGAACACAUGUGUCUUGAAAUUGCUUUUUCGUGAGUAAUUUAAGAACAAAAAGAAGCACCAAUAUUGCUAUUUCCUUGUAACUUUUAUCAUCAUGUUAUAUGAGUGACUAUAGAUGCACCAAUGUUGUGUUUGGCUUGUCUUUAUGUCUACAAACUCUAGGGACUAAAACGAUUGGGAUUUGUAUGUAUAUUAACCUUCGCUAAGUGCUGCU